UUCCUUUGGAUGUAAAAGCAUUUUGACUAGUUGGACAAACAAAACAGAGUUCAGAGGUUUUCGUUUUUUUUUUCUCUUUUUUAGUCUAUGCAGCAAAAGCAUCAAUAACUCACCAGUCGCCAGAAAUUUCAAAGAAUACAAAUGGCCCACAGGCGUUGCCUCUUGAUAAGAGGGAACCUUUUGAAUCAAAAGUGCCACCCGUCUUUCAGUUAUGUUCUCCACAGUGAUGAAGGGAAACACGAAAGCACUGGCGAAAGGUCAUCUUCAGCAGGGAUUAGUAAUUUUUUCCAAAGAAGGAUGUUUGGGAACUCAGUGGAUGGAUCAAUGUGGUGUUUUGCCUAUUCUGAACAUAGAAUGUCUUCAAACAGAUUCCUUUCUCCGAGCUCUGGGUGUAAUUUAUAUCGACAUAUGUCAACAGCUAAUCAGGGUUCCGAUAAGAUUGAAAUGAUGACUGACAUAGCAGAUGUUCUAAAAAACAAUACGAUGGAAGCUGUGAAUUCUCAGGCUCCUAUUCUUAAAGAAGUUGCAAUUGCCUCUGCUGAUUCUGUUUUACCUGUGAAGGCCUUGCAGUACAUUAUAGAUGCCAUGCAUUCCUGCACUGGAUUGAACUGGUGGGCAGCCAUAGUUCUAACAACUCUCUUGAUUCGAAGUGCAACGGUUCCACUCUUAAUAAAUCAACUUAAGGCCACUUCUAAGCUUACACUGAUGAGGCCUCACAUGGAAAAAAUAAAGGAAGAGAUGGAAGAUAAGGCUAUGGAUCCCAUUGCUGUUGCUGAAUGUCAGAAAAAAAUGAAGAGGCUAUUUAAGGAACAUGGUGCAAGUCCAUUUACUCCAUUGAAGGGGCUCCUUAUUCAAGGUCCUGUCUUUAUUAGUUUCUUCCUUGCGAUAAGAAACAUGGCUGAAAAGAUGCCAUCAUUCAAGGAUGGCGGAGCCUACUGGUUUGUUGAUCUUACCACUCCAGAUGCAUUGUACAUUUUGCCAGUUCUGACUGCAUUGACAUUCUUAAUAACAGUAGAGUGCAAUAUGCAAGAAGGCAUGGAAGGAAAUCCAGCUGCUGGCACCAUGAAAAAAGUCUCAAGGGUUCUUGCUGUCCUUACAGUUCCUUUCACCAUGGGAUUUCCGAAGGCUAUAUUUUGUUACUGGAUUACAUCAAAUUUGUUUUCACUUGGAUAUGGACUCGUUCUUAAAGCUCCUGGUGUAAAAAAAGCUUUGGGCAUCCCCAUAAUACCUGAAGCAGCAGCUACCAGUGGUGCACAAUCUCCCUCUUCUAUAUUUCCUGCCCUGAAACAAGCUACAGCAGCAAGAAUUGCACCAAAGUCAUUGCCUGUUGAACCAUCAAAACAUACAAACACAAAGGCAUCUUCUGAUGUCAAUCAGAGACUAAAUCGUUUAGAGAAACAAGUGAAAAGAAGAAAGAAAAACAAGAAAUGAGGAAGGUUGAAUUGUUUUUUAGUUAUACCAACCUAAUAUAUGAUAGAUGUACUGAAAUUUUGGCUGUUGUUUUUGUCAGAGAAUCUGUUUAGAUUUAGAAUAAAAAUUUUGGGAAUUAUUUCUGAUUUGAAUUCCAAGGACUUGCUGCCAAUAAUUAGCAUGAUUUGUUGCCCUGUAUUCAGUUUCUGAUUCUCAGGGAGUGUUAUUCCCUUUCUAGUCUAUUCAAAUGUGACUAUUCAAUAGGAAAUAAUGAGUAUUUUCUUGC